GAUAAAGGCUAGCGAGACGGCUUGUCUGCCUGUUCCCGGUUUUCUCGGGCUUGUUUAUCCGGCUGGGGUAGUUAGCGCGGCGGAGUGGCGCCCCGCGGCAGUACCUCCGCAGCCCGCCCAGCGAUGGGACGCUUCGCCGCCGCCCAGCCGCUCCCCGCACGCGUUCGAACGCAACAACACAGGUGAACCACGCGACUAUAAAAAGGACAAUCAUCUAAUGUGACUCGGACAAAAUGACUCCUUUUAUACAUUUAUAUUGUGUUAUAUGGAUAGAGUUAUUGACUGGUUGCUGCACUACCACAGGUCGGGAAUUACCUACCGGGCAAAAUGUAGUGUCUGUAGCACCUAUAGAAGUUCCGGAUGAAUCGAUGUAUCCGAGGUUUGCUGAGCCAAUACCGAAUGUCACGGUUACGGUUGGUCGGGACGCCUUGCUUGCAUGCGUUGUGGAUAACCUAAGAGGAUUCAAGGUAGCCUGGGUGCGUAUGGAUACGCAAACCAUCCUAAGCAUCCACCACAACAUAAUAACUCAGAACGCGCGCAUCAGCCUGUCGUACAACGACCACCGCUCGUGGUACUUACACAUCAAGAACGUGCAGGAGGUGGAUCGCGGCUGGUACAUGUGCCAGGUCAACACCGACCCCAUGCGCUCUAGGAAGGGAUACCUACAGGUUGUGGUUCCACCAUCAAUCAUUGAUAACAUGACAUCGACGGACAUGGUGGUUCGGGAGGGGUCUGACGUCACGCUGGUCUGUCGAGCCUCCGGGUACCCUGAACCCUACGUCAUGUGGAGGCGGGAAGACGGUCAAGAUUUUAAUUAUAACGGAGAAUCAGUUAGCGUAGUGGAUGGGGAGACGUUGACAAUAACAAAGGUGUCUCGAUUACACAUGGGAGCCUACCUCUGUAUAGCAUCUAAUGGGGUGCCACCAUCGAUUAGCAAACGGAUCAUGCUCAUGGUUCAAUUUCCUCCAAUGUUGUCAAUACCUAAUCAGCUGGAGGGCGCCUACAUUGGUCAGGACGUGACGCUGGAGUGCCACACAGAGGCGUAUCCCUCCUCCAUCAACUACUGGACCACGGACCGUGGGGACAUGAUUAUUUCCGAACUGGAAAUUAUAGGAGGCAAGUACGAAGCAUUCCCGAUGGACAGUGGCUACAACAAGUUCAUGAUGCUGAAGAUCAAGAACAUCACCAAGGAAGACUUCGGCUUCUACAAAUGUAUCGCGAAGAACUCCCUCGGAGAGACGGACGGAAUCAUCAAACUUGAUGAAAUACCUGCACCUCCAUCUGCAUUCACGACAACUCAAAAAACAAUUCUAGACAAUCAAACUAUAAGGAAGAAAGGCUUACCGCAAAUUAUCCAGAGUAGCGACGCAAUCAGUUCCAACUUCCAAGGAGAAAUGUACGGCGAACAGCUCAGCGACUUUGAUGAUGACCUAGAAAAUUCAGCAUGUUACAGCAAAUUAAAUUCUGUAUUAGCGUUCACUUUAAUUUGUCAAGUAAUAAACACAGCGAGAUAUAUUUUACUUUCUUGAUAUUUGUCAUAAUUGUGAUAAACAUUAAUUUAUUUAUUGCAAAUUUUAUUUUUGUUAAUAAUUUCUUAAGCUGACCAGACAAUAAAUAAUUCGCAAUGUUAAAUAUUAAGUUUAUUGUUAUCAAACAGAAAUUACAUCUCACUUUUAGUUCAUAACAUUGAUUGGUGCCAUCUUAUGUAUUAGGAGAACCAAGUUUCAUGUAUGUCCACGAAGUCACUGCAUUUAAAAAUGUCGCGUAAUGUGUACUUUUUAAUGAUUUUGUGUAUAUAUGUGUCAAGUUGUUAAGAUACUAUGGUUAAACGGAACUUAGGUACACUUUAUGUUCUGUAAAGCAUCGACUGAAUUAAAAUACAGUUUUAAGGUUUACUGCGAUAAGAAACUUGCUGAUCGCAUUUUAUACUCAUGAGUAUUAGGAAGUAGGUACAUAACUCAUUCCCAUUAUAGUUGUGCCUAAUUUGAUUUAGCCGGUGCCUUACUGAAUCAACUCGACUAUCCUUUUUUGUACAAAAAUCGAUGUUUUAAUAUUAGGACUAAAAUGCCCUUAGUUCGCUUAGUUAUUACGAAAUAUUUGUACACAAAUUUUCUACUACAUCGAUUUUAUAAAAGCGCCUAGAGCUAGACUUUUAGAGAUUAACUUAAUAACUGUCCAAAUGAAAACUUGUACGUAGGCGACAUGUUAUUUCCGAUAAACGAUUUAGUCGACGUAUAGACUAACGAAUUAUUAAUACGUAAACCUACUGUGCUUUGGUAGAUAAUAACUGGUCGAUUUCUUCACCUUUCAUAUUAUAUAUAAGGCUUAUUUUGUGAUAAGUUUUACUGUACAAUUUGUAUAAAUUAUUUGCUGUAAUGUAAAAUACAACUAGAGACUAUAGAGACAUAGAAAGUUUUGUGACGAUUUACAUAAUGCUACAAAAUGAAAACUGCCAAAUAAAUGUGUAAAAUAUGGAAAUAAAACAAAGCUUGAAA